UUUGGAAGCAAGAGCGCUGUAAUCGAAAUCUACCUGACGUCGAUUGAUAUGCUUGUCUCCGUGACGGUUAAUCAGCACUAUCACAAUAGCUUAGUAGCCUGGAAAACCUUUUACAAAUGAAGUAAGUAUAUAAAAAAGUAAAGAAGUGCAAUAUAAAAAUGGAGGCAAAGGGUUAAGGUUUUUUUUUUUUUCACCCGGCAGUACCCCGUAAUGGCCUAUAGAGGAAGGCUCCGCCCGAAAGGGGAACCCUCAGGUAUAUUAAAGGGUAGGGAUUUCAUUAGUUGAAGUUUAAGAAAGGCAGGUAGACAAAUAUUAAUCUGUCGUUAAGGUCUUUAAAAGGACCGAAAAGGGCUAACCGACGCAUUUUAUGGAUGUGAAAGAGACAAGAUAACUUUCUAGUUUAGUGAUUUUUUCAUAUUAAAAAAUGGUGCAUUUACAGCAGUUAAAAGGGAUAAGGGGUCUAGAUUUGGUAUGUGACAGGGACAUCAUUUGUCAAUAGAAGAUAUACCAAAGAGUUACCUUUUCUGUCUAGUGUAUCAGAUGGUAAGUGUGUGGAACUCUGGGCGGAGCCUCUCCGUAUAACAUUUUGUGGAGUACCCUUCGGGGUUUUUCAAAUAUUAAACGACGGCUGAGAAGUUGCAAGCGUCCUUGCUUAUGGAUAGAAUAUUAGCGCUCCUUGAGAUUCAGACAUCAUAUUUCGCGGGGAACGCAAAAUUUGGGCUGCUUUCUCGUGCUGAUAAGUCGAUGGUUUGUCUCUUUGCUUCAGACGGCGAUGGAGAAAGGACGGUUUGUAUCAACAAUGUCCAUUUCUUCAAAAAAAAUGGACAUGGUUGAUACAAACCGUCCAACUGCAGCAAAACAAGAAAUCGAGAUGCGGCAGGAAAUAACUCCAUUUGGUCAGAACAGGCAUGGAACAGUUCAACUAUGCAGCAAAACAAGAAGUCAUCCAACGAUUGCUAAGGUUAUAAUAGUUUGA